GGUUGCUAUGAGACCCGCUCCAGCAGAGGACCAGCAGCCAGACUGAUGCUGAUGGUUCUUAGCUCGUACUAAACCUUUCCUCUGACACAGUUUUAGAGUUGUUUAAUAUCUGAGCAAGCACCUGACACGGGUGACUUUUUCCUUCCUUUUUUUUUUCCCUCCUCCAGUUCCUCGGGUAAGAUGGAGGUAGAAAAUGAAGCCAGCUGUUCCCAGGGCAGCGCGACAGGCGGGUCCAGAGAGUACAAGGUGGUAAUGCUGGGAGCAGGGGGAGUUGGUAAAAGCGCAAUGACAAUGCAGUUUAUCAGUCAUCAGUUUCCUGAUUAUCAUGACCCCACUAUAGAAGAUGCUUAUAAGACCCAAGUUAGGAUUGACAAUGAGCCAGCUUAUCUGGACAUCUUGGACACUGCUGGCCAGGCAGAAUUUACAGCCAUGCGGGAGCAGUACAUGCGAGGCGGAGAGGGCUUCAUCAUCUGUUACUCUGUUACUGACCGCCAAUCAUUCCAGGAGGCUGCCAAGUUUAAAGAGCUCAUUUUUCAGGUCCGCCACACCUAUGAAAUUCCCCUGGUGCUGGUGGGUAACAAAAUUGACCUGGAACAGUUCCGCCAGGUCUCUGCAGAAGAAGGCUUGAGUCUUGCCAGAGAAUAUAACUGUGCUUUUUUUGAGACCUCUGCAGCCCUUAGAUUCUGUAUUGAUGAUGCCUUUCAUGGCUUAGUAAGAGAAAUUCGCAAGAAGGAGUCCAUGCCAUCAUCCAUGGAAAAGAAACUGAAGAGAAAAGGCAGCCUCUGGAAGAAGCUGAAAGUCUCCCUGAAGAAAAAGAGAGAAGCCAUAGCAUGAUCUCCUUGCUGUUGAGUCCCUCUCUGUCUCUCUGAAUUUUAUCAGUCGGACAAUUCUGCUUCUCUAUUCUCUUUUCCUCUUUCUUUAUAUAUCUGCCUUUAGGUAGAAGUUAGAUCUGCAUAACUGUACCUCUUGAGAUAGUUUUGUUUUGCCUUUAACAGUUGGAUGGAUUUUGUCAAUCAGCCGGAUAUGCUUUUAGUUUUUACAAUAUAUUACUAAAUAAAAUUGACAUUCCAAUUGCCUCA